UGUAUAUGGAACUGACUAAUCGUUUCCUUUGCUAGUUUUGGAUAUUGCUUUAUUUUAUAACCCGUCAGCACUUUGUGGAUACGAGUUCUUUUAAAUAUUUGCUCUACCUUGUGACUGAAAACACACCCACCACCUGGGGCGGUUCACAUCUUCGGAAAUAGGAAGUAAGAAUCUAAUUUCUUUAUCACCUCAAAAGCUUUUAUUUAUCCCUGACAAUUUUGCUGAAGGAGGUGGGGAAAUUGGAAAUAAUUGCAUCUGAAGUUUUCGCAGCUUGAAAACUUAACAGGAUGAGUGCCGCCAGGUAUAACAUCGAGAACACCGUGUGGGAAGUCCGGGAGCGAUAUGUAAACUUUACUCACAUCGGUUCUGGAGCCUACGGGACGGUGUGCUCCGCAAUUGACAGACGCACGGGACGCAAAGUCGCAAUUAAGAAGCUGUAUCGCCCAUUUCAGAGUGAAACGUUCGCCAAACGAGCUUACAGAGAGCUUAAACUUAUGAAACACAUGAAGCACGAAAAUGUUAUUGGUCUCAUUGAUGUUUUCACACCAGCUGUUACAUUGGAUGAAUUUCAGGAUUUUUAUCUUGUUAUGCCAUUCAUGGAUGCAGAUUUGAGUCAGAUCAUGGGAAGGCUGACCGAAGACAGAAUUCAGUACCUUUUAUAUCAGAUAUUAAAAGGCCUUAACUAUAUUCAUUCAACUGGAAUAAUUCACAGGGAUUUAAAACCUGGUAAUUUGGCCAUAAAUAAAAAUUGUGAAUUGAAGAUCAUUGACUUCGGUCUUGCCAGACACACUGACUCAAAAAUGACAGGGUAUGUGGUUACACGGUGGUACCGUGCACCUGAAGUCAUCUUGAACUGGAGGCAUUACACUCAGACCGUUGAUAUUUGGUCCGCUGGUUGCAUAUUUGCUGAAAUGUUCAAUGGCAGGAUAUUGUUCAAAGGAAAUGACUACCUAGAUCAGCUAGCGAAGAUUAUGAAGAUAACAGGAACUCCUGGGACUGAUUUCAUUCAGAAAUUAGAAAGCGUUGAGGCCCAAGAGUAUAUUAGAACGCAACCCUACAUUAAGAAAAAGGACCUUUCUUCCCUCUUUCCCAAUAGCAGCCCUUCAGCUUUGGACCUCCUGGAGAAAAUGUUAGCAUUGGAUGCAGACAAACGGUUAUCAGCUGCUGAAGCUCUGAGUCAUCCCUACUUUGAACCAUUCAGAGAGCCCGAAGAUGAGACUAAAUCAGAGCCAUUUGAUGAUUCUUUGGAUCAGAUGACAUUGUCCAUUGAUAUGUGGAAAAGGCAUGCAUUUCAGGAGGUGAUGACAUUUCUUCCUGUAUCAAGUCUAAACAGAACACCCAAGGAAACAUCAUUGUAGCUCUGAGACCACCCAGUAAACACAUGCUGUUGAGGAGAGACAAAUGGAGACAUAUUCUAUUUGUUAAAAUGAAAAUUUUGAAUAGUACAUGCAUGUUUAUGAAGGAUAGUCAUUCAUUAUAGAUUUUGAACAUUUAAAUCACUUGUAUAUAUUAAUAAUUAACUUCAGUUGGACACUCCAUAAAGUUAUUGAUGACAUGAGUAAUUGUCAUGAAAACUAGUUGUGAAUUUAAUCAUUUUUAUAACCUCUCCACAAUGAAACAGGAUGUACAAAAUGUGCUAAAUGGAAUAAACUUCUGUUUUCUUUCAACUUGCAUAUGGAUAU